ACCCCCCGGGUAGGGGAGCAGUGGGAGCAGAGAGACGGGAACGGCAGAGAGGAGCUCCGAGUCCAGAGCAGGGGAGCUGGUGUCCCCCUGACCCAGCAGGGACAGGGAGCAGUGGCCAGGCAGGACCCACCAAGGACCAGCCCCGGGGCGUUCUGCGCCGUCGGCGAUGCGAGCGAUGGCAGACCAGGCUGCGGCGGCGGCCGACACCUCUCCAGCCCUGGCACCGUCCCCGGGCUCACCUCGGCGUGGGGACAGCGAUGGACUCACACCCCAUCCUGCCGGCACCAGGGAGGACACUGGCGGGCUCCUCCCCACCACGGACGGGGACACAAAGCGUCCCCCCUCGCCCCAGCCCGGGGGGAUGCUCCUGGCCGACCUCCCGCGGGCCCCCCAGCCCCGGCUGAGCCCCGCCAAGUCCCGCACGGCUCCGUCCUCGCCCAGCAUCUCCCCGUCGGAGAGCCGGGCCGCCCUGCUCCGGCUGCGCGAGGCCAGGCUGGAGGACACGCGGAGGCGGCUGUCGGAGGCCGUGCAGGAGCCCCUGAGCCGGCUCAGCCGCCUCAUGGCCGAGGAGAGCAGCCCCCCGUCCCGGGCGAAGGAGCCGGGGGGCAGCCCCGGGACACCGGGGGGCCGCGGGGCCGGGGGACGCCGGGUGCGGGACUGGACCCCCUGGGAGCCCACCCUGAACUGCCGCUACGAGAUCUGCUCCUACGGGGAUGUGAUCCAGGUGGUGGAGGUGGCACAGAGGGAUGCGGAGCCCCCGCUCCCGCCCCCCGAGGAGCCGCCGCCGGCACGUUCCGGGGGCUCAGUGCCGGGCAGAGCCCUCGCCUCCAUCGCCCUCCUCGCCUACGGCUACUUGGUCCUGCCCCUGCCACCCUACGCCGCCGGCCUCUGCGUGGGGCUGCUCUGCGGGCUGCUGCUGGGCUUCCUCGCCAUCCUCAUCCUCAUGCCGAAGGCUCCGCCGGCCACACGGGGACCCUGGGGCCGCCUGCGCCCCAGGCUGCUCCCGGGGGAGCCCCGGGAAACCCUCCACCUCCAGGGCUGGAUGAACCAGCUGCACGUCUACGACCCCGAGCUUUUCCACCCCUCGCUCACACACUCGGUGCUCGCCGUGCUGGACGGGGCCACUCUCAAGCUGUCCUACCCCAAGAGCAACAUCCCGCGCAGAGCCACCUUCGAGGAGGAAAUCCUCGACACUGCCUUCGUCAGCCACCGCUGCUACGACCUGACCAACGCCAAGGUCUUCCUGUGCCCCCCCAGCCUGGCCCGAAAGCGGACGUGGAACAAGAAAUACCCCAUCUGUGUCCUCCUCCCCGAGGAGGGCAGGAGCAGCGAGGAGCAUGACACGGAGCUGCAGGGGGAAGAGGGGACAAAGAAGGUGCCACUGUCUGGGCAGGACAUCCCAGGGGACUGCAGGGAGAGGUGCCUGUACCUGUUUGGGAGGACGGGGCGGGAGAAGGAGGAGUGGUACCAGCACCUCGUGCAAGCCUCCCGUGGGACACCCGGCAGCCACGGUGACACCAGGGCAGGCAUGGGACCAGCUCUGCAGAGCAGCGGCAGCAGCAGCGGAGGGAGCACCGAGGACAUUUCCUCUGCUGUCCCACCCAAGGAUCUGUUGGGAAGUGUGGAAGAGAUUUACCUGGAUUACAACACCUACAUGGCCCGAUUCGUGCCAGCACAGGGAGCACCCAGCCCUGACCGGAGCCCCUCUCACGGAGCUCUGGGCAGCCCCACGCCCACCAAGGGGCCUGUGGCUCCUGUCCCCCCACAGCUCGGCGAGGACACGGGCGGGCACGGCGAGGCUGGCAUGGCCUGGAUGAAUGCGCUGGUGGGGCGCAUCUUCUGGGACUUCCUCCGGGAGCAGUACUGGGCAGAGCAAGUGUCCAACAAGAUCCAGAAGAAGUUGAGCAAGAUCAAGCUCCCGUAUUUCAUGAAUGAGCUGGCGCUGACAGAGCUGGACAUGGGCACAUCCAUCCCCUUGGUCCUCAGUGCCUCCAACCCCACUGUAAAUGAGCGAGGGCUCUGGGUGGACAUGGAGGUCACCUACAGCGGCUCGUUGCAGAUGACACUGGAGACAAAGAUGAACCUCAGCAAGCUGGGGAAGGAGAGCACUGCAGAGGAGAGUGGCCCAGCAGAGGCAGGCACAGAGGGGGCCAGGCCCCGGCUGAUCCUGCUGGCAGACAGCGACGCCGAGUCCUCCAGCGCCGGCUCCUCCGAGGAGGAAGAUGUCACUGCUGCAGAGCCCGUGGGAGCCCCGGGGGAGCGGGUCCCCCCGCCGGGCACCGAGGGCCACGUCAGUGGCAACAGCACGAGCCGGAAGAUCCUGCGCUUCGUGGAUAAGAUCGCCAAGUCCAAGUACUUCCAGAAGGCCACGGAAAAUGAGUUCAUCAAGAAGAAGAUCGAAGAGGUUUCCAACACACCGCUGCUGCUGACGGUGGAGGUGCAGGAGCUGGCAGGAACCUUGGCUGUGAACAUCCCCCCGCCACCGACGGACCGAGUCUGGUACAGCUUCCGAGUGCCGCCCCAGCUGGAGCUGAAGGUGCGUCCUAAGCUGGGCGAGCGGGAGGUGACGUUCCUGCACGUCACCGAGUGGAUUGAGAAGAAGCUGCAGCACGAGUUUCAGAAGAUUCUGGUGAUGCCAAACAUGGAUGAUCUCAUCAUUCCCAUCAUGCGCUCCGGCCUGGAUCCUUGGCCGCCCGCUGCGGGACUGCCCCAGGACCUGCCAGCCAAGGGGGAUAAGAGGCUCUGAAGCACAUUCCCGGGGGCAGGGACACUGCAUGGAGCUCAGGGACCUCACUGGGACACGGGGACAGCCAGGGCCUGGCUGGGCCUGGAUUCAUCCUCAUCCUCUGCUUGUGCAGAUGAGCUUCCUCCUCAAAUCCUGCAAGCACAUGUUCAGGGCAGAACCAGGCACAGCACAAGGAGCUUCUGCAGAGCCAGGAACUUCAUGCCUGACGUUCCCAGGACUCCUGGUCAAGGAGGCAGCUCUAGACCAGUGGAAGGCUGGGCUUCCCACUGUCUGGUUCCCAAAGAGGGUGCAGGCCGCCCAGACCGGUUCUGCACCAAAGGAGUUGGGAUCAUCACUGACUCAAACAUCACAGCUCCAAGCAUCCCACCCUCCCCACAGGCAGCUGGACUGCAAGGAAAGCACGGGUGGGAAGUGAGUCCAAACUCAAUAAAUCCAUCGCUGCCCAGC